UUUUGCUCUAGCUGAAGCUUCUCUCCAACUCAUCAAUCACCAUCAUUAAGUUUGAAUAUUUUAGGUUUUGGAGAGAUGGAUAAUAACUCUGUGAGCAAUCCUAUGAGCAAAGUUAUGAGUUAUGGUGAGGAGGAGGAGGAGGAGAGUGGGUGGACUGUGUAUUUUGAUGAGUUGUUUGAUGGUGAUAAUGAUGAUGCUCGAUACAAUGAAGAGAUUAACAGCUGUUUUUCUUCAAGUCCUGAAAGCUCUUUGAUAUCUGAUGCUGCUUCUUCUUCAGUGCUUGUGAAAAAAUCUGCUGCUCAUCAUCAUCAUCAUCCACAUCACGAUGUUCAUGAUCGUAAUAAAAGAUCGAUCAUGAGCUCCAAGAAAAGAAAAACAAAAGUUGCUGAUAACGAUUUGGAGGAUACUGCUAGUUCUCCAGUUAACAGUCCAAAGAUUUACAGUCUGAUGAACCAGCUGGAGAGAAAGCCUGCAGAAGCAAAAGAUGUCAUGGACAUUUCUCAGGAGAAAGGAAGCACUUCUGCUCAGCGAGAUGGUAGAGCAGAAAAUAAUAAUAGUAACUGUAAUAAUGAAGAAGAAGAAUCAGAACUGAAGAAGAGGGGUCUUUGCUUAGUUCCUUUAUCAAUGUUAGUUAAAUAUAUAGGCUGA